AAAAGUUUUAGAUAUUCGUUAUUUUUUUUUUACUUUCAUGGAUUCAUAGUCAUGGAAAAGGGAACGAAAAUCAAUAUUUAAAUGUAUACCCGGUGACUAUUGAUUGUAUGAGUCCACCUGCAGCUCAGAACCCCCCGUAACUGGUGGUACCGCCCAUUGCCUGACCGCGUCAAUUCACAUGCAAGGAACAGCUGCUGAAGCAUUUAUCUUGCAUCCAUAAUGCUCCUGAGAAAGAAAUGGCUCACAAGGAUUUUACAGGGAGGCUUGCUGUUGAUAUUGGUGGUGACUGUGAUAAUAAACAUUUCAUUCAUUCUGGAGACACAUAAGAAAAACCUAGAUAAAGAGAGAAAUACCAAAGAAAAAGAACAAGCAUCUGUCUUCAAGGAAAAAAGGGAGGAGUUACCCAAGGAAAUUUCUCUUGCAGUCACCUCCAGCAAGUCUCUGGUGCAUGUGACUGUGAAUGAAGUCACGGUUUAUCAGGAUGAUGAUUUUGAUGUCAACCGAGGAAUUCAUUUGGUGGUGCUCAAUCAAGCCACUGGAAGUGUAAUGGCUAAGCAGGUGUUUGAUACAUACAGUGCAGGGGAGGAUCAAGCCAUGCUGAAUUUCCUCAGCCGCGUCUCCAAAAACCGAGUUCUCAUCUUCGCAAUCAAAGAUGAGGGGUCGUUCCAGCUGAAGGCUCCAGUCCGUAGCGUCCUGCGAGAGAUGGGCAGUGUGACAGUGGACAGAUUGUCAUUCAGAGACAUGUGGAUAUUCAUUUGUCACAAAGGAGGUAACGUCGUCAGUGAACGUCACAGUAAAGUGGAGAGUAUGGGGAUGUGGGGCAAUCGCAUCACAGUAAAGGAAGUCAUUAAACUGGUUCCCUUACAAGAUUCUAAAUGCUCUUGGCCAGAGAAUGAUUCGAGGCGACAGAACUUUUGUGAGAAGAUGGAGGGAUAUGGUAAAGUGUGUGACUGUGAUGAUCCCGCCCCGAUCACUUUCAGUCCUCCCAAGCUGGAAGUGGACAAUUUGGACAAUGUCGCGAUAACAGUCAUUGCUAGCAACCGACCACAGUAUCUCUACAGAAUGCUUGUGAAGCUGUUGGCGACAGCUGGAGUGAAGCCGGAGAUGAUCACGGUCUUCAUCGAUGGAUUUUUUAAGGAGCCCCUGGCGGUGACCAGACUUCUGGGGUUGAGAGGGAUCCAGCACACUCCCCUAGGAAAGAAGAAUGCCCGGGUUAGUCAGCACUACAAGGCCAGCCUCACUUCCACAUUCGAACUGCACCCUAGGGCGCUGUACACUAUCAUUAUAGAAGAGGAUCUGGAUGUGUCACCUGAUUUCUUCAAUUACUUCAGCCAGACUCUACCAUUGAUGGAGGAGGACAACACCUUAUACUGUGUCUCCGCUUGGAAUGACCAGGGGUACUCUCACUCCUGUAAGGACCCGGGGCUGUUGUACAGAGUGGAGACAAUGCCAGGGCUUGGAUGGCUGCUAAAAAGGAAACUCUUCAAGGAGGAGCUAGAGAAACAAUGGCCGUCACCUGAUAAACAGUGGGAUUGGGACAUGUGGAUGAGGCUACCCAUGAUAAGGAAGAACAGAGAAUGCAUCAUCCCGGACAUCUCGCGCACAUAUCACUUCGGGUCCAAAGGACUCAACAUGAACCCUUACUUCCAAGAACUUUACUUCAAGAGACAUUCCAUUUUAAACCAGUCUGCUGUCAUUUUGAAGGAUAUAGACAGAAUGACAUCAGCUAAGUAUGAGGAGAUGAUUGAAGAAAUUCUCAAAUCGGCUAAAGUUGUUGAUCACACAAAAAAUCCUUGUGAUGAGAGUCUCAUUCCGGAAAACAAGGACACUGUCCAUGUGAUGUACAUAGAGAUGAAGGAUGCGACACACUUUGUGACUUGGAAACAGCUUGCUAAGUGUCAUCAUCUGUGGGAUCUAGACGAUCGUGGAUUCCAUAAGAGCAUGUGGCGACUUUUCCUGAAUGGUACACCAGUCAUGUUAGUGGGAGUUCCAGCUUCUCCCUAUCAUAGCCAUAAGCCUGACAGUGUGUCUCCAUUUGUCCUUCAAAAGCUAUCGGAGAAACCAAAAAACUAGAAUACACACAACAUGGAGGUUGGACACAGUCUACAAACAACUCCCCAUACCGGAAAUGGACUACUGUAAAGGAUUAGGACCUGAUAUAAUGAUGUGUUACAUAGGAAACGGACUACUGUAAAGGAUUAGGACCUGAUAUAAUGAUGCCAAUAUCAUAAGUAUUACAUUUUCUUUUUAUAUGUUUUGAAUUAAAAUUGUUUGUUUUUGUGCAUUCUAAUCAAAAUAAUUACAUUGAGAUCCCCCUUCCUUUUCUUAUCAGAUAACAAAAUUUAAUACACAAAGAUAUGAUAUAUACAGUCAAACCUUAUUAUCUCAAACUCGAUGGGACCGAGAAAAAAACUGAGAGAUAUUCGAGGAUUUGAGAUAUCGAGAAUAAAAUACUUUAAGAAUAAGUGGUUGGGACUUCCGAAUCACUUUUAAAGGACACAUCGCAUGUUUUUAAACUUUUUAAUUUUUUCAGCAAAAUUAAUUCAUUUCAUGCCUAAAACUACUUUACAUGUGUUUUAAAUGAAACAGUUUGCGUAGUUUUCGAGUUUGAAAGCGAUGAAAUUCAUUUCUUGCGAUAUGCAUAUUUUCUUCGAUAUUUUACGCGCCAUUAUCUGUGACGUCAUAUGCGACCUCGAGCGAGAAGAUUUGAAAACAGUUGAUAGUCAUUUCAUAAACAGAUUAGAUUUAAUUGACAAACAAACAAUUAUCACAUUAACAGUUUGUAAAUAACACUGCAUUAGGGUGUUUUGUGCCGUUUAAGGGUGUACUUGCUGUCAGUAGAGAAGAUUUGGACUGUGUUUUUUUCAAUUUUCGAAGGAAGUUAUGAGAGACAAGACGUGAAUAUUUUUCGUCGGCACAACGACUUUGCCAUAAAACCCCCCAGUAAAAUUUGUCCCUGUACUUUUUCAAACAAGCACUUGGACAAAUACGUAGAUAAACUGCGAGAAAAUGGUUCCAUCGAAGCUACGCACUGUUACAUAUAGGCCUACGGCAUAUGCUUUCCGUUCUGCUCUCGAAUUCAAUACACACUCGCACCAACUGACCUUCACCUUGUAACAACAUAUAGGCAGAACUUUGCUAGCAGUGUCUACCAACUGGUAGUUUUAAAAAAGAAAUUUAAAGAUAAAAGAUAAUUGAACUUUCAAUUAUAAAUAAUAAAAUAUAAUAUUUCCCAACUUUGAAUUGAAUUAUAAUGCUUACAUUAUUUUUAAGGAACGCUAUGUGUUUACAACAACAGCACGCUGCGCUCCCACUUCCUAAGUAACAACGUGUUGAUAACAAAAAAUAAUGAUUAGGCCUAAUAAAAUUGCUUUAAUAAAAUAAUUUAAAAGUAUUGUGAUUUUCAUAAUAAGUUUGAUCAUUAUUAUUAUUUUUUCUUUUUCGAAAUGCGCCCGUGACAGUAGGCCUAGUUUUCAAUGAUACAUACAUGUAAUCGUAUCAUAAUUUAGGCCUAUCCAACUUCUCCAAAAAUAAAUUUAAUAAUAGUUGCACUGUUUAUUUUAGAAAAGCAACACCGCUAAUUACAGUUGUUUACAGACAUGGCAUUACCAAAUUGUGUUUAGACAGUGAUCCGAUGUAAACAUUAUUUACUCGCAAAUUUAUGCAGAUUUCAUACUCGCUUUUCUCGCUAAAUUUGGGUCGCUAUUUGUAUGCACUGGUGGCUAAAAGAUAUAAGACUCGAGAAAUUUGUCAACAUCGAAAUAAAUGUUAUCCAUGGUAAAUUUAUUAGGCCCCUAAAACCCGAGUUUUUAAAAAUAUCUAACACUACUUUUACAACAAGUUGAUGGACGAAGGUCGCAUAUGACGUCACUGUACCACGUGACUACCUAUCUAAUUAACUAGGCUUUUUGAAAUCGGGGCUUAGAUUUAAGUCCGUAUUGUGGCUAAUUAUCGCAAUACUUCAGCGAACGAACUAUUACAAUUAAUUUCUAUAAGCAUAAGGAAGACAAAAUGCAUAUAAUUCUGUAUACUUUGAAAACACGAGAUGUGUCCUUUAAGUAUCCAUGGUAUUCAAGAUAUCGGUGUUCGAGACACUGGAGUUCAAUUGUAUAUUAUGGUGAAUUUGUGAUUUUGCAUCUUGAUUAUGAUUGUUGUGAAAGAUUAACAAAUUUUAUUUUACCUUAAUGUAUUUAUACAUAGUUAUGGUUCUUGAGUGAGUUUUUCCAAACCUUGAAAUCUUUGCCAAAACUGUUGUUAUAAUCUAGUCAGUGCUUAGGUAUUACUUUUGUUUUGCUCUUUGAUGUAAGUUCAAUGCUUGCCUGAAUGCCAGGUUUGAUUUUGUGCCUGUAUUUUACAUGUGUCCAGCCUGAAUGCCAGCUUUGAUUAUGUAUUUUACACGUGUCCAGCCUGAAUGCCAGCUGUGAUUAUGUAUUUUACACCCGCUUAUGUUUUAUGUCUUCUGUUUGCACAAAGGUUGUGAGUAAAUCUAUGCAAUGCUAUAUUUUUCUCAGCAUUUAAAAAAAAAAGAAUUCACUUUUAUAAUGUUGUUAAUGUAUAUUGUACCAGACUGGAUUAUGAUAUAAUGCACCCAGUUUGAGGUUUUACAUUCUCAGACUAACACUACGCAGGAUAUCGCGGUUAAUUUCGUCUUUCUACUUGUCAUUAGUGGUAAACUCAUCGAGAAAACAUUAUUGAUUACAAAUAUGCACAAAUCAUUUGAUUGGUGAUUUUGUAAAUCCUCCACAGGAUUUGAAUAAUUCAGAGAUGGUGAUAAACAAUGGUUCCACCUUCAUAAGGAACAAAAAUUAAUGGCAGUUUGAUUAAUGUCCUUAUUUUUUUUUUUUUUACGCUUACAGCUUUGGAGACUUGCCUCUUUUGUCAUACUUUCUGGGCAUGGGCAAACUCUCUGAUUGGUCAGUUCUAAUUUACGAAUAUUUUAGAUUUAACGACAGUUUCUCAGUGAGUGUUCCUAUGGGUGAUGUGUAGAAAGAUGAACUGAGCUGUGAGAAUCCAAUAUGUAUUUACCUCGGACCUGCUCUCCUGUUCUGUAUAGUGUUACAUUAAGUGUAGCUGCAGAUCCUGUAGCUCAAUGGGGCUACCCCACUAUUUUGUCAGAGAGCUACAGAUCCACAGCUACACUUAGCUUGGUAUAUUGUCUGUUCAAACAAUUGUUUAGAGCAGGUCUGAAUUUUAGAAGGAGUUAACCUUAUUGGAACAUACUGGCCUUAAAAGUUGUAUAUAAAUUUUUUUUUUUAAUUUAUUAGUACAUAAAUGGAAGAAAGGAUUGCUUGAUAUGAAAUAGGAAGAAUUUUAUAUUAGAUGUCUAUACUGUAUAUUUAUUACAUUUUCAUGAAAAAUGUUUAUUUUUGUAUUUUUUUUUUCAAGCAGAAAAUUGUGUUCAAACAUGUCACCAAACAAGAUUGAGCCAAUCAAACAAUAUGACUGAACAAAUCUUUAAAAAUUCAAGUCGUUAAUCUACUCUUUGUUUCUAAAACCAAAAAAGGUCUGUUUUCGGUUUCGCAUUUCAUUUGGUGCAUUUUACAAAACAAGUGUAGAAAUGCAAAAAAAAUGAAAUGUCAUUUUUGUAUUUGUCGGGAUUCUGACAAUAAGAUAUGGCUAUACAUCCUUAUUUGCAGUCUAUACUAAUUUAAGGGGGAAAAAAGAGAAAGAAAGAACAAUCUUGUGCCUUUCUAGGUAUUUAACUUCAAGCAUUUGUACACACUGAACUUUAAUUAUCAAAUAUUUAUGUAUAAAGAUUUGUUUCAGUUUCAUAAAUUUUGAGUGCCAACAAUUUUCUUUCCUUUUUUUGCCUUUCUUAUUGCUCUCUCUCUCUCUCUCUCUCUCUCUCUCUCUCUCUCUCUCUCUCUCCAUAUGAUUUUAAUAUUUAUCAUUGUAAAUAUUUUUUGGAUAAGAAUCUACUUUCACUUUUGUGUCUUUAUUUAUGGAUCCAAUUUUUCGUUGUUGAGAUUUCUGUUGCAUUGCUCACAAAAAGUAAUAAUUACCAUGGAUACAAAUACAGUGCUCAAACAUACUAUUUUGGUGCAAUAAUUUUCCCCUUAAUUUACUAAUGUUAUUAGUUUACUUACUCAUUUUGAAAACUAUUUGAUAUCAUGUUUGAAAUGGCAUUCCAUGUAUGUACAAUCAAACACUGGUACUGUUACACAGUACAAAAAAAUCAGACAUUGAUUUGCAAUAUUCAUUCAAGCGAAGCAAGAUUGUUGCAGACUUGGAAUGAAAUAAAAUGAUCAGAAAUGUCAAGAUGAUGAGAAAUAUUUUACACCUGUGUACAGGUGAUCCAUCAGUGUUUCCUGAUCGGAUCUGGAUUUAUGUCGAAAUGCUUUAAGGUAUUUUUUUUUUUAAUUACAAACACUAUAUGUUAAAUGUUUAUACAAAAGUCAACUAUUUUUUAUUUUUUUUGAGUGUUUACAGCCCAAGUGCCUUCACAGGCAGUGUAGUGUUUCAUUUGCCUUGAACCGUUAUUUCUUGUUCAUACUUAAGUAACAGGUGCUCCAAAAAGUUUAACGUUCUCUUUAUUUCCAUUGAAAGUUUGUUUACAAACUAGUCAGUGUCUGUUCUUAUUAUAUUGAUUACUGAGUACUAGUACUUAUAAAUUAGACGUUUUCUAAUAAACUGUUUUGAGUUUA